AUGGGAGGCGAGCUCGGGCUGCCUCGCCCAGGCCGCUUGGAGAUCCCUGGCGGCCACCCCCGGAUUUUCCCGGGCCGCGAGGCGGGGAGCCGCCCCCGCUCGGGUUUUCCGCAGCGGAGCUCGGAGCCAGGGACGAGCGGCAGAAGCCGGAGUUGGCCGGGCCCGCGGGCGGAGAGGAGGGAGGGGGGCGCGGGCUGCUACCUGGCGCAUCCUCGGCUGCGGGGCUCCAGCCGCCCGUGGCCUCUUCGCCAGCCCGCCGGCCCGGGGCCUCGGGAGGCGUGCGGGCCCCCGGCAGUGGCGUCUCCAGGACCUCCUCAGUCUGCACUGAAGCUGCAGCAGGAGAGACUUGAGCUAGACUCCGGGAAGACCGUUCCGAUCAAGACCAGCGGCAGACUUUCCCCAGGAUUGCUUUCAACUCCGCGUAGUCGAGGCCUCCCCUCCCCCAGCGGCCGGGCAGUGGCCAGGGCAGGGCGCAGGGGGCUGCAGGUGCUGGGCGCGGGGGCCCUGCCAGUAGAGCUCCCCUCCGGCUCUCCCGUCGGCCUGGGCCAGGCUGUUCCCAGGUUGCAGCGUUUCCAAUUCGAGCUCCUCGGGAUGAAUCAUCCCCCUUUCCCGCCGCCUGUCCUCCUUUCCGGCCUCCUCCACCCGAGGCCUCAGUGGCCCGCGUCCCGGACGGAGCAGCACCGCCCCAGCACCUCAGACCGCCCCAGCCUGGGCUGCCCGGCUCGAGCCCUUCCCGGCUUGUGGCCUGAGGACUGGAGCCGGGCCGGCUUCAGCGCUGGAACCCAUAGCCGAGGCCCCAGGAAGGAGGCCUUGCUACCCCACUCACUCUGCAUCCGCACCCCCGAAGCUCAAGGCACGACACCCCAUCCCUGCCUCCAACAGGACUGCUUAAGGCCCAGGGCCUAGCGCUGAGCCGCAGGGUCUGCCGCGUCCAAAGCCUGAUUUUCACAGAUGGAAACUGCGGCCCAGAGAGGCCAAGGAGACUGCCGGGGUCACCCGAGGAGGGGUCUCCACCGGGACCCGACGCCGGGCCUCGGCCCCUAGCCAA